AUGCGACUGUUUCAGAUUUGGUUACUCUCCUCACACGUGAGAGUAGGAGGAGGAGGUCUAGCUCGAAGAGCGCGGAGAUUCUACGUGGCUCCUCUAUCAAUCACACACCCAGAGAAACUCGAGAGAGAAGGUCAAAGUAAGGUCAAAGCAGUGGAAAUAAACGAAACAGGGGUUUUGCAAGUACUCACUAGUUUAAAAGAACAUCCUUAUCGUGCUUUAUCGUUUCUGAAACGAAUUGAAGGAAACAGAGAUUCUUUACUUAGCCUCCAAGCUUACGCCACUGUUGUUAGAAUCCUCUGUAAUUGUAGUUGUCGUUUAGAUAAGAAGCUUGAUGAGUUGCUUGUGGAGAUUAUUAAGAGAGGAGAUGAGGGAUGUGGUUUCAGUGUUAGGGAUUUGUUGAAUGUUAUUGAAGAAGAGGGAGAGGAAGUGUUGAAGAGGUUAUGUGGUUCUUUGGUUAAAGCUUAUGCUAAUCUCAACAUGUUUGGUGAAGCUAUAGAUAUUUAUUGUUAUUCAACGCCGUGUGCAAGUUCGUUUAAUAUUCUUAUUUCUCGUAUGGAUGCUUGUGGGGAAUAUGACAUGGCUUUGUUUCUGUUCCGUAAGUAUGGUUUAGUUGCUGAUGAUGCGGGUACUCGUUUGCUUGUGGUCAAGGCGUAUCGCAAAGUGGUCGUUGGUUUGUGUGAGGAGAUGAAAAUGGAGGAAGCUGAAGAGCUUGUUGAUGAGAUGGAGAAGAAACAUGGGAUUGGUCAGGAUGUGUGUGUUUACUCUGCCAUCAUUGAAGGACAUCGCAAGAGGAUGAACUUCCCUAGAGCUUUGCAGUUUUUCAACGAUGUUGUGGUGGGGAGAGGUGAGAGAAUGAAGAUAAACCGUGUGAUUGCAAGCUCCAUCCUUGAUUGCUGCUGUCACAUGGGAAAGUUUGCGGAAGCUUAUGAUCUGUUUAUCCAGUUUAAAGACUUGAAUGUUUCACUAGACAGGGUUUGCUACAACGUGGCGUUUGAUGCUUUGGUAAAACUUGGUAAAACGCAAGAGGCGCUUGAGUUGUUUAGAGGAAUGACGCGUAAUGGAAUGUCUCCUGAUGUCAUCAACUACACGACUUUAAUAGGUGGUUGCUGUGCACACGGCGAAGUCGACCAAGCGCUUGAUCUGGUUCUGGAAAUGGAAAAAGAAGGUAAAAAGCCUGAUAUCGUCACGUACAACGUACUCGCCGGUGGGUUAGCUAGGAAUGGUGAUGUAGAGAGCGUAAACAGAACGCUAGAACUAAUGAAAAGCCGAGGUGUAAAGCCCACUAACGUUACACAUAACAUGGUCAUCCAAGGCCUUGUUGUUGCAGGCAAAACACACGAGGCUGAUGCUUACUAUGAUAAAUCUCAGGGAAAUGAUGCAAGUUUCAUAAAAGCUUAUUGUGAAACUGGUCGUCUUGAUGAAGCCUUUGAACGAUUCUACAUGCUAGACUUCCCUCUUCCCAAGAAUGUGUACUUCAUACUAGUCAAUAGCCUUUGUGCCAGUGAUAAUCAUCACAUCUACAAAGCUCAGUUAGUACUGAACAAAAUGUACAAACUUGGAGUUCAACCUGGGAAGAGCGUGCAUGGGAUCAUGAUCAGCGCUUGGUGUCGAGUUAGGAAAGUGGAGAAUGCCCUGCGGAACUUCAAACUUUUACUUAAUUCUAGGGAGAUUAUCCCUGAUAAGUACACUUACACAACCAUGAUUAACAGCUACUGCCUGGUGAACCGGUUUGAUGAAGCCUAUGCUAUUUUUAAGGACAUGAAGAAGAGAAGAGUCAUUCCUGAUUUGGCAACAUACACAAUUUUUCAAGAUCACGACCCGAGACCUGAUAUCAUGAGAGAUAUGGAGGCCCGUAACUUUGAACCAGACGUUUACUACUACACGGUUUGGAUUCAUUGGGAGUGCAGAAUUGGGGAAGUUGAAACUGCGGAAAAGAUGUUUCGUCAAAUGAUUGAAAGUGGGGUGGAGCCUGAUGAUAUGGCCUACGCAGUACUAAUCAAUGGCUGUUUCAAUAACAAAUGUGAAGUUUGCAUUGUUAGAUAUGUUGAACUUAUUCAAGAGAUGGUGGAUAAAUGGAUGAUGACGCCAUCUAAAGCUUGUGAGGAUCUUUAUCUACUUAUGCAUGAGAUGGUGGAAAGGGGGAUGAGGCCAUCUAAAGAUUGCAUUGAGCUAUAUGUUAAACUCACCGGAGAGAUGGUGGAAGAUGGGAUGAUGACGCCAUCUAAAGCUUGCGAGGAUCUUUGUGUACUUAUGCAAGCGAUGGUGGAAAAGGGGAUGAUGACACCUAAAGAUUGCAUUAAGCUAUAUGUUAAACUCACCGGAGAGAUGAUGGAAAAUGGGAUGGAGUUAUCUAAACCUUGCAAGGAUCUUUGUGUACUUAUUGGAGGGAUGUUGGAAAAGGGGAUGACGCCACCUAAAGCUUGCAUUAAUCUAUAUGUUAUACUUAUGGAAGAGAUGGUGGAAAAUGAGAAGACGACACAUGAAGCUUGCAAAUAUCUAUAUGUUAUACUUAUUCAAGAGAAGGUGGAAAAGGGGAUGGAGCCAUCUAAAGCUUGCAAAGAGGUAUAUGUUAUACUUAUUAAAGAGAUGAUGGUAGAUAAUGGGAUGAGACCACCUGAAGCUUGCAACGAUCUUUAUGUUGAACUUAUUCGUGAGAUGUUGGAAAAGGGGUUGAGGACACCUAAAGCUUACAUGGAUCUAUAUGUAAAACUCAUUGAAGGGACGGUGGAAAAUGGAGUGACGUAGCUGUGGAUACACUAAUUGCCAUGUGGGGUUCUCGCAGAUUCUCUGUCAGAUGUAACAGUUUGUAACGGUUAUAUAGUUCUUUUACAACAACUUUACAUCAUCUGUUUGUUGAAAUCACAUGCUCAGGCAUUGUGCCAAGUUCAUUCAAGUUCAUUAACCAGUUUUUUUUUUUCUGACAAAAGCUCGAAGAAAGAGUGUUCUUUUCAU